CAAAAACAAACAAAAAAAAUUAAGUUUGAUAUUUAUCUAUUUUUAAUUAAUUUUGCGUGAGCGAAUAUUUAUGAGUUAACACUAUUAAGUUCAAGACAAAGAAAUUAAAAAGCAAAGGCAGCUUUUGUUUAUUUAGGUUUGCCCUUUUUCGUCUUCUUUUGGCAAAAAGUGUAUACUUUUGGCAUGAAAAGAAAAAUUUAAUUUAACUGCCAAUUUUAUACAAAUUUUUACAGCAUUUUAUACAAAUAUACAGAUUUUAAUUCGUUUUUGUAUCUGAGUUUUUUUACGUUUAAGUUUUGACUAAAUGUAGUUGUUAUAAAGAAUAAAUUUUUAAUUUAAAAAAUUAAAAUACAGAAGUUCUUAAACAACUGGUAGCAAAAAAAAAAGAGAUUGCGUAAAAGUAAAAAGAAACUAUAUUGGAGCCAGUAAACAAUAUUGGUACAGUUUAGAGGUCUAUGGACCCCCCUCGUCAUGAUAGGUGGUAUUCCUUUUCCUGAAAUUUUUAAAAACUAAACGUCUAAAAAUUCGAUCAUAAAUCAUGCAACGCCAAAUUUAAUUUAUAAACGCCACAACCUUUCCUUCGCAGAGCUUUUAAGCAGCUGAGCAAUGGUAUGAAAGCCGCGCAAAAAAUCAACUCCAACAUUUUUAAAAAUAAAUUAAGAGUAGGGUAAUUUAUGGACAAACCUAAAUCAGAUAUUAUUUAACGUUAUUCAAGCUAUUAAGCUACUUGUUUGUUUUUUGUUAAUCUCUUUUGUUUUAAUUUUGUUUUUGAUAAAAAAUAUGCUUUUAUUUUUUAAAUCUGUACACACAUCUACAAUUAAAAUUUUAGGCUUAUUCUGACUAAAUUUAUUGUUUUUGUUUAGUUCACACUAUGGCUACAAUAUGAAGUCAAAGUUUUGUGUUUUUUUUAUAAAUAACAAACAUUAAAAAUCUCAUUAAUUUUAUGAACUGUUUUUUCAUAUUCCACAAAAGGUGUUACAUAGCGAAGAACAGUUUUUACUUCAUCAACUUCAGGUCUUGAACAAGCAGUAACUGAAAAGUAUUAUGCCUGAGUAAUCUCGUUAACAAUCGUCUGGCCAAAUUUUUAUACGCAACACAAAAUAAACCUGCUUUGUAUGUCUGCUAAAAGUAUUUUUAAACGCUGAACGUUCUCGCCCAUUAAUGCAAAAAUUGUCCUGCUCUGAUGAUAAAUGGAAGGCAUCUAUCAGAGUCAACGAUGUUUUAUUUGAGCUAAAAGACAUAAACGAUGUCCUCUUAGUAGUUUUGGAAAUAAAAAAUCAUAAAAUUAUUGUAAAUAACUACACAAUAAAUCUUUCUAAUAGUGAAAAUACAAUAAAGAAAAUUAAUUUGACUUCGUACGUAACAAAUAAUCUUCAAAUAUCUAAAGGAUCAGUUCUUAUUUUCAAUGCAGUUGACGGUGAAAUAUUUAAUUGUUGGAUAAAAAAAAUACGCAUAAUUCAUAACUUUAGGACUGUAAUUCAUUGUAUUGAGCCAUGUGCUUUUGAAACUGAACCUUCUUUCCCGUUUACACUCGUGAACUCAAGUUUUACAAAUUAUACCAUAAAGUUUAAAGGUUUACAAGAAAGAUCAGAUGUGGUAGUUAAAUCGAAAAAUUUCGCUCUUAUUGGAGGUCUCUUGACUAUUGCUGCUAGUUUGAUUUUGACAAUAGUUAUUUUUUGCUAUAAGAAGAAAAUUAUAAAGUCUUUUUUUUCAAAAAAAGCAAAAUAUAUUUCUGAUAAGAUAACUUUUAGAAAUCUCUUGGCCCAACAAAACGUAAAUGAACCAGUUUAUCAAGCACCAACCUCCAGUUGUUUAAAUACAGUAGAAGCAACAAGUCAGUAUUCGGAUAUCAAAUUCCAAAAACAAUAUGUUUCGAUUAAAAAAGAAGAUAAAAAAAAUACAUAUUACGAAGAAAUACAGUUUUGCAAUGUUUACGAUUACGCCAGCCCUGCAAAAGAUGAAAAAGAUGUUACAAAUAUAUACUAUCUUGCUACAUAACAAAGUAAUGAAAACUAUAUACCGA